AUGGAUGUCGAUAACUCUUCGUUCCCCUGGGCCCUCCGUCCCUCUCCCUCUGUCGACGACUCGGACGCCCACCCUGUCCUUCAUCCACUGAAUCCUUUUCUUGUUUCCCUCAUCCCAGUGGCAAUAUUCCUCCUUGUCACACUCCCAAAGACCCAAUUCCAGAGAAAGCCCUCCCCAGCUCCACACACACACGAAUCCCCCCGGUGGUACCCUCACAAGGAUCCCAUUCUCGGCCUCGACGUCCUGUUCGAUAUCGCCCAAUCAGUGUAUAACCACAGGUUCCUUGCGUUUACUGCGGAUCUCAUUAACCGAUUCAACGGGACAAUUACGUAUCUGAGUCUUGGGCGACAGGCAGUCUAUACAAUCAACCCGGCCAAUCUGCACGCGAUGCUGGCAGAUCGAACUCGCUGCCAGGACUUUGGACUUGGGCCGACAAGGCGACAGAACUGGAAGCCGUUAUUUGGCAGCGGGAUCUUCAACUCUGACGGGGCUAUUUGGAAGCACCACCGCAGCACAUUACGUCCUAUUCUGUCUCGUGCUGGAGCGCACGAGAUUGAGGUCUUUGAGACACAUCUGCAGACGCUUAUGCGAGCAGUCCCGGCAGAUGGGAGGACAGUUGAUCUCCAGCGAAUUUUCCACGCUUUGACGCUGGAUGUCUCGACCCAUCUCUUCCUGGGGACAUCGACAGAAGUCCUGCCAUCACUUUUCAGCCCUGACUCCGAUGCUGGCUCCCGCGGGCAGGAGUUUGCAGCGGCGUUCGACUAUGCCCAGCGCGCCGUUUCAGGGAUCGACGAUUUCACCUUGUCUGGGGUUUGCUGGAGGUUUCUGUUUGGGGAUGCGCGGCUCGAUCAGUCCUUACAGACUGUGCAUUCGUUCAUUGACGAUACUAUCGAGCAGGCCAGCGAGACUUUCUCUACUGGUUCUGGAUCACGUAUGGCUACUGGUCAGGUUCUUCUGUACAAACUCCUCAACGAAGCCCGAUCGAGGGAAGAUAUCAAAUACGACAUCAUCAAUCUACUGGCCGCGGGCAAAGACAGCAUGACCUCCUUCAUGGGCUCGAUCUGGUACAUUCUAUGUCAAAGACGGGAUGUCUUGGAUACCAUCCGUUCGGAAAUCAGUGUUCUGCAGGGCCGGCCUCCGACCGUGCAGCAGCUUUCCCAGUUUUCGUACCUGCAUAUGGUCCUGCAAGAAGGUAUUCUCUCUUUCGCUUCUCUUUCCAGGAAGAACCUGCUCAUUAAUAUACGUACUCCGACAGUCCUCCGCCUAUACCCCCCGGUAGCUGCCAACCAGCGAACCGCCGAAGUGGAUACAUUCCUCCCUCGUGGCGGCGGAGCCGAUGGGGAAUCGCCAAUGCGCGUACCGCGUGGCGCAUCCGUGGGGUACUCGGUGUAUGCGAUGCACAGGCUGCCUGAGUUCUUCGGCGCAGACGCUGAUGAGUUUCGGCCGGAGCGGUGGGUUGACAUUAAGAGCAAGCCUAGGGCGUACAUGCCUUUCCAUGCGGGGCCUCGGACUUGUUUAGGGCGUGAGUUGUAUACUCUCUAUAAUUAA